UCGGUUGUGAUGUGGGAAAAAGGAGCAUUUCUGGAACAGUGCCGUUCGCCGUAACCAGUCCAACGAGGAUGUUUUGGUGCCACCGUGACGAACGGAGAAGUGCCCCGCAAUCUUCGCUACGAUAGAGCGAGAAGCAGGCAGAAAGCAAAUCAGAGUGUGUGUGUGCGAGAAAGAGAGAGGGCGAGAGGGGUCGUCACGGUGUCGUGUCGUCGAUCGUGCAGCAAAGUGAAAAAGCGAUCGCCUAAAUAUUCUCGUGCAAGAAGCUAAUUAGAGGAAGGCAAACAAGAGGCGAUUUGCGUGAUGUGUGCCAGAUCGCCACGGCAUCCGAAAACAGGCCGCACCGAGCCGCAAGAGUCGGUUCGGGGUUCUUCUGGUUCAUCGACCCGCGAUCCGUAACAUCACCACCUCCUUCUGCGAUCGUUGGCCACGGUGGUGAGAGGACCAUAAAAGUGUACGGCGCGCCAUCAAGGCCUUCACGGAACCCCCCUCGUCGGCGGGCUAGAACUCUCUUCGUGAAGAACGCUUUCGCUGAUCGCGGGAGAUGCGCGGAGUUUGGCUCUUGGCCAGCACCGUCCCCCACACAUUAUCGAUUCUAACUUCUUCUUUCUUCGUAGAUUAACCAGAUUCCCUGAGAUCAGAAAACGACGGCCGCAGCAGCAGCCGAAUGGCCAACCCGUGUUGACCGCGUACCCCCGUGAAUGAUAUGGUCGUGAAUGUGUGUUUAUGUGCGUGUGCAUACCGCGCGGGAAGUGGAAAAAGUCCAAAAGAAAUUGCUUCCUCCCUGCGUGGAGAAGAAGAGCCCGCGGAAAAAGAGGCGGCAGUGCGGUUGGAUUGUGCGUGCAUCGUUGGUCUGUUGACGCGCCGCGAAACAAAAGAAGCAAACGCAGAGUGAAGCAGCAGGAAGAAAAAGAAGAAAGCAAAAACAACAACCCAACCACCCUCUCGCACCAACCGCUGCCCCACAGGAUCAUAUCCCCCCACAAAGGUGCGCUCUUCUCGUUCGCUCGACCACUCGGUCGCCUCCCAACACACGUUGCGCUCUCUCUUGCUCUGUCUGGUUGGUUCAUUUUUUCGCAUUCUCCCUGACCUCGUUCGAGUAGUGGUCGGUCGUAGAAGGGGAGCAAUCGGUGGUGGCGGCGGCGGUGGCAACGGCGACGAAGGGGUGGCCGCGAAAGGAGUGAAAGGUAGUGCGAGCGCCGCAGUGGGGUAAGGGAGGAAGACGUCGAAAAAAGAAAAGAGAAAAGCAAGCCUUGCCUCGUGGUGCGUGUGUGUCUUGUUUGUGUGUUUGCGGCAAUAGUGUGCCGUGCUGUAGUGUUGGGGCUCUAUUGUGCCUGCGUGCCUGCGUGCGUGUCGCAUUGUGAGGCUCGGGGGCCUAAUCGUACCGUAGCCCGGAUGUUCCGUUAACACACCACCGUGGACUCCUUGUAGAGCAAGGAACUCAAUCGGAAUCCCAUCAUCAGCUGGCGAGGCUCCCAUAGCAUAGACGUCCUUCCCUAGAGGUCGAAACAGAGACGGCCGGAACCGGGCUCGAUUAGCUCGAGAACAAUUGUGUCAUCGAAGCAGGCGCCUCCACAAUCACAGUAGCUCCAUCGAUUUGCCACUCACGGAUUAGAGCAGCAGACCUUGAAGAGCGAAAAAAAGGGAAAUCCGGAAGUCAAUCUCGGAACUCCUGGCGCCACGCUUGUUUUUGCUUUUGUUCCGGCACUCAGCAGCAUCAGCAUAAGUUCUCACGUCUACGCCUCCACCAUGGAUACCGGAGAUAGAGGUGAGUGUACGCGGAUAGACUUACUUUAUUAUCGCUUAAUGAACUCCAGUUGAGCAAGGAAUGCCCGUAAGUAGACUAUGUGGUUCGGUCAAGUCUGUAAUGGUGUAUCAUCUUUGAUGAGUUCUUCUAUUGUCCCCUAAACAUGAUCAUCUGGAGGUAUAAAAUCAAUAUUUUUCUUCGAUUACGCCGCUUCUCCCUUAGUGCAUGAUGGAUAUCUACUGCUCCAUCUGUUACCAGCACUGCAUUUGGACCGUCGCACGGUCUACAUUUGAAUUUCUGUUUCUCCUGGAGCCACUCUAUCCCGUCUUUGCCUUCGCAGCUAUGCUGCCUUCAACAGUCUCAGUUCUCUCUCUCUUUCGCUUACUCAUGUACCACUUCUCAACCACCAGUUCGCUUUCUCUCUUACACACGCUGCGCUAUCUAUGCUGCAUCGUGUGCGUACUGCUCGCUCUCUGUUAUCGUCGCGUUGUGUGGAGUUGUUGGAGCAUUAUUGUGCGAACGCCAAGAUCUCCCAACACACAAGCUCCAUCAAAUGCCCACUCUCGAUCGAUCUCGCUCUCUUCCACUCUCUCGUCGUCGCUGAUGCUCUCUCUGGCGUGCGAGAUAUCUCUCCCUUUGGUAGCGCUCUUCAGAGUCCUUGUGGCGCGAUUGUCCCGUCCCGCCGUUUAGUCCGUCAGAGUUCCUCCGAGGAGCGCUCGUGCAGGAGGCGACAGACACGCGAAUCGCGAAACAUUCGCGCGAAACGUCGGGGACACCAGCAGUAGUAGUAGUAGUCGGUCGGUUUGUCGGUCCGCGUGGAGUGCGUUUUUCGUGGCGCGCCCUUACGUUGCGGUCUUGUGCACAUCACAGCACAGCAGCAGCAAGUUUCGCUUUGGACUGCUCCUCGCACAUCUACUCCAUCAUCAAACGGCCCUUCGAAGUUGUUUGCCUACCGAUCGAUCAUCAACAACACCAACUCGAUCGCGAUCGUGCAUCCCUCUGUACUGCUGCUGCUGCUACGAGUGUUUAUCAACGUAAAAGAGGCAAAAAAUGGUGUUUUGUCUGCAUGGAAAUCAACAAUCGACGCACUAGAAACCGUCCAAUUACCAGACCGUCGUCGUCUGCGUCGUCCUCGCCAUCGUCAAAGUGUAACGAAAGUGAAUCACUGUGUUGUAGCGUGUAGCUGAAUCGUGAAAUUAUCGUCGCGGAGUGUGUGUGUGUGCGUUUUUUUUACAGAAAGUACACCACUAGAGAGCAUAAGCAGCAUAUAAGUGUGGUUGGUGCUGUGCUGUGGUGCCGUUGGUGACGAGAUGUUGAAGAAGGAAAAACCGAUGCUAUCGGUGGCAUCAAUCAUUCAGGCGCAGGGCCGCUGGGACCGGUCAUUGGCCGGGUUAGCAGGAUUCGAUGCAUCGCUCGUGGGGCACAUGGGUCCACUGUCACCGCCGGAUCUGAAGCCCGAUCUGAAGCCGGACAUUUCGCUGCUGAACGGAAGCGGUGGAGGUCCGUUCUCUCCCGGUAACAACUGCGGUCCGGGAAGCCCCGGUAGCGUCGGUGGUGGUGGUGGUGGUGGCGGUGGCACGUUCAAUCCAGUCGCCGUUCUACAACAACAGAAUGCAUUGCUCGUUGGCGGUGGUGGAGGUCUUGGAAAUGGGACCGGUUCCGUGACUGGAGGUGCCCAGAACAACAUGCUGGGCGGUGGUGGAAGUGGUGGUCAACAGCAGGGCAGUAAUGGUGGUAACGGCGGUGGUGGUAGUGGCAGCUGCCCGGGCACCCCUUCAAACAUCACGCAACAGUACCCGCCCAACCACCCGCUCAGUGGCUCGAAGCAUCUCUGCUCGAUCUGUGGCGAUCGGGCCAGUGGAAAGCAUUAUGGUGUUUACAGCUGCGAAGGAUGCAAAGGAUUCUUCAAGCGUACGGUGCGCAAAGACCUGUCGUACGCCUGCCGAGAGGAGAAAAACUGUACGAUAGACAAACGCCAAAGAAACCGCUGCCAGUACUGUCGGUACCAGAAAUGUUUGGCCUGCGGCAUGAAACGAGAAGCGGUACAGGAGGAACGGCAACGAAGCUCCAAAUUUUCGAUAAAGAGCGAAGAGAUAAACUCCACCAGCCAGGUGCGGGAAGUGGUGGUCGAUCGAUUCCUAGAGGCCGAGCAGAUGGGCGAACAGAAGAGCGGUGACAAUGCCAUUCCCUAUCUGCGGGUUGGUCAGAAUUCAAUGAUUCCACCAGAAUACAAGGGAGCCGUAUCGCAUUUAUGUCAGAUGGUGAACAAACAGAUCUACCAGCUGAUCGAGUUUUCCCGAAGGUUGCCGAACUUCUCCAACUUACCACGCGAGGACCAAGUGACGUUGCUCCGUAGUGGUUGGAACGAGAUGUUGAUUGCUUCCGUAGCCUGGCGAAGUAUGGAGUUCAUCGAAACGGAACGUCCGGCCGAUGGGCGUAAUGAUGGGCGAGUAACGAUCCGGCAACCGCAGCUUAUGUGCUUGGGACCGAACUUUACGCUGCACCGGAACAGCGCACAGCAGGCUGGGGUUGAUUCACUGUUCGAUCGGAUCCUCUGCGAGCUGGCGAUCAAAAUGAAAAGACUGGACGUAAACCGGGCCGAACUGGGAAUUCUGAAGGCGAUCAUACUGUUUAAUUCCGAUAUUCGGGGGCUCAAGUGUCGGAAGGAGAUCGAUCAGAUGCGAGAGAACAUUUACGCCUGUCUGGAUGAGUACUGCAAAACUCAACACCCGACGGAGGAUGGGCGGUUCGCGCAGCUGCUGCUCCGGUUACCAGCCCUGCGCUCGAUCAGUCUGAAAUGCAUCGAUCAUCUGAACUUCCUGCGGUUACUCGGUGACAAGCAACUUGACAACUUUAUCAUUGAGAUGCUUGAUACGCCGUUGUAGGCGAAGGAUACUCCUCUACAGCUCGGUGCUGUCACAUAGUGAGCCCAUUCGUUUUUUUUCCUUUGUUUUAUUAUUUCGUUCUAUUGCAUUUUUGACAAUGGCGGCGUUGUCUGGUUGUCCUAUGGAUGGUAGCGAAAGGAAUUUGAUGCACAGGAGGACUGUUGGUAGUUUUCCACAACACGUUUCAAAUCUGUCUACCUUUCUCUCUUUGUUUCGGCACUGUGGGCUGUUUAGUGGCUUACAGUGUGUCUUGUGAAUACCUUCGUACAAUGCAAAUACAAAAGAAAACCUAAGUGACAGCAAAGGCAGGGUGUAUGGGCAAAUAGGAAAGAUACAUUUGCAGAAGAUGAACACUAACAAUGCCGACAACC